CCUCUCUGUCUUUGUGCUCCUCCUCCAAAACCACCUCCUCAUACACACAGAACCAGGAAGUUCAUUUCAAAGGAAAUAAAACUGAGGUCAGUGCAGUCUCACUUUCUCUCUGCAUUUGAGUGCAGGAAAAUGGCCGAGGCCAGUAUUUCAGUAGAUCAGGAAGAGUUCAUCUGUCCAGUUUGUCUGGAUCUACUGAAGGAUCCGGUGACGAUCCCCUGUGGUCACAGUUACUGUAAGGUGUGUAUUAAUGACUACUGGGAUCAGGAAGAUGAAAAUGGAGUGUAUCGCUGUCCUCAGUGCAGAGACACUUUCACUCCGAGGCCUGUUCUACGCAGAAACAACAUGCUGGCUGAAGUGGUGGAGAAACUGAAGAAGAAGACUGAAAUCCAAGCUGCUUCUCCUGCUCACUGUUACGCUGGACCUGGAGAUGUGGAGUGUGAUUUCUGCACCGGGAGAAAACACAAAGCCGUCAAGUCCUGUCUGAUGUGUCUGGCCUCCUUUUGUGAAACUCAUCUGAAACCUCACUAUGAAGUUCCUGGUUUGAAAAAGCACAAGUUGGUCGAAGCUUCUGGAAAUCUACAAGAGAAGAUCUGCUCUGAGCAUGAGGAAGUGUUGAAGAUCUACUGUCGUACUGACCAAAGCUUCAUCUGUUAUCUGUGUAUGACGGAUGAACACAAAAGCCACGACACCGUCUCAGUUAAAGCGUACAGAACUGAAAAACAGGUGAGAGUUUUAGUCUCCGGCCGUCGCUCGCCCGAAAUUAUUAGACCAAGUUUUCAGUCUGAUCUCCGUGAGGACUCGCGCAGCAUCACUGUCAAUCAACGUCUCUCAUUUGAUGGAGUGAGGGAAUCUCUCUCUGCUCUGAAAAAGAGAAUCGAGGAAUUCUGCCUCGAGGAAUUCAUCAGAAUCCCUGAACACGACACAAAUCUGAUCACUUUAAACUGUUUCCGUCUUUUACACCACCUGAUUUUUCCUUCUCCAUUUUGUUUCUGUGUCUCCACAGCUGCAGCAGUUCACAUCAUUUUACCCCCAGAACCAAAGAGCAGACAAGAUUUUCUGCAGUAUUUCUGUGAUCUGACUCUGGAUCCCAACACAGUAAAUUAUUACCUCAUUCUGUCUGAGAGGAACAGAGCGGUGACACGCAGUGAGAGAAAGCAGCAGUACUCUGAUCAUCCAGAGAGAUUUGACUACUACAGUCAGGUGUUGAGUAAGGAGAGUGUGUGUGGACGCUGUUACUGGGAGGUGGAGUGGAGCGGUGCUGGUGUGUACAUAUCAGUCUCAUAUAAAGACAUCAGCAGGAAAGGAUGGGGUAAUGAGUGUGUGUUUGGAGGCAGUGACCAGUCCUGGAGUCUGUGGUGUUAUUCUUCUUCUCUGUGUUUCUGGCACAACAACAUUAAGACUGAUCUCAGAGUUCCAUCAUCCUCCAGAAUAGGAGUGUAUGUGGAUCACAGUGCAGGAACUCUGUCCUUCUACAGCGUCUCUGACACGAUGAAGCUCCUCCACAGAGUCCACACCACAUUCACUCAGACUCUAUACGCUGGAUUCUGGCUGCCGUAUCGUGGAUCAACUGUGAGAUUAUGUGAUUCAAAAUAAAAUAUUAGUAAUGUGAUUUUAUUGAAUUAAAAUGAGCAACUUUACUUUUUUAUAUCAAGCUUAAUUCCAAAGUAAUAUGAGGCAUUUAUUUGUGAUUUCCCAAUUUUCCUUUAUAACAUUAGAUCUUUCUUUUAGAAGAUUUUAAUGUUUUAAUGUAGUGCUUGAAAGUUUGUGAACCCUUUAGAAUUUUUGAUGUGUCUGCAUAAGACCUAAAACAUCAUCAGAUUUACACAAGUCCUAAAAAUAGAAACUAUUACACUUGGUCAUUUGUUUAUUGAGGGAAAUGAUCCAAUAUUACAUAUCUGUGAGUGGCAAAAGUAUGUGCACCUUUGCUGUCAGUAUCUGGUGUGACCCCCUUGUGUAUUAAUAACUGCAGAUAAACGUUUGCGGUAACUGUUGAUCAGUCCUGCACAUCGGCUUGGAGGAAUUUUAUCCCGGUCCUCAGUACAGAACAGCUUCAACUCUGGGAUGUUGGUGGGUUUCCUAACAUGAACUGCUUGCUUCAGGUUCUUCCACAACAUUUCUAUUGGAUUAAGGUCAGGACUUUGACUUGGCCAUUCCAAAACAUUAACUUUAUUCUUCUUUAACCGUUCUUUGGUUGAAAGACUCGUGUGUUUUGGAUUUUUGUGUUGCUGCAUGAUCCACUUUCUCUUGAGAUUCAGAUCACGUACAGAUGUCCUGACAUUUUUCUUUAGAAUUCUCAGGAAUAAUUCAGAAUUCAUUGUUCCAUCAAUGAUGGCAAACCGUCCCGGCCCAGAUGCAGCAAAACAUCCCCAAACCACAAUACUACCACCACCAUGUUUCACAGAUGGGAUAAGGUUCUUAUGCUGGAAUGUAGUGUUUUCCUUUCUCCAAACAUAAUGCUUGUCAUUUAACCCAAAUAUUAUGUUUUGGUCUCAUCCAUAGAGAAAACAUUUUUUUCAGUUGCCUUCUGGCUUCUCCAUGUGAUCUUUAGCAAACUGCAGAGGGGCAGCAAUGUUCUUUCUCCUUGCAACCCUGCCAUGUACACCAUUGCUGUUCAGUGUUCUCCUGAGGGUAGGCUCAUGAACAUUAACAUUCGCCAACGUGAGGUCCCUCACUCACACCUGAUCAUCAUCCCAUUGAUUAAAAACACCUAAAUAUAAUUUCACCUUCAAAUUAACUGCUAAUCCUAGAGGUUCACAUACUUUUGCCACUCACAGAUAUGUAAUUUUGAAUCAUUAUAUAAUAUUUUUGUCUCAGUUGUUUAAUUUGGUUCUCUUUAUCUACUUUUUGGACAAAAUCUGAGAAUGUUUUCGGUCAUAUUCUGCUUCAAUACUGUGUUAAAAUCCAUGUUGGUCUACACAUUAAUCUUACAUAUGAAUCAUCAUGACUGUACUUAUACUGUAUAUAUUAAGUUGGAUGGAUUCUUGGAUAACAAAAUAAAAAAUAUAUUUAAAUAUGUGUUAAAUCCAUGUGU